ACAUAACAAAACGUCAACACACAAACCCAUUAAUUAUUCAGAAAACCCGCAUCGUACACACAAAUGUCAGUGCAAAACGAUCGACGGGCGGUUUAUUUUCUAAAUUAGCGAAUCGAAAUUUUCAAUUAAAAGCAGUCACACCACACCCGUCACAAGAUGCCCUUUCCGUCCAUAACACUGAUCGUGUCGUGCAUAUUCUUUGUGUACAUCGCCCAUUCGAUGUAUGUUUUGUCAACGUUGUUCUUGACCCUAAAGUGCUCCGGUCAACCAUGUUUCACCAGCUAUUUGUCCACGACACCACAACUGCAAUUGAUUUUAUUUACCUCGACGCACAGUAAUCCGACGAGCAUCGAAGUGACUAACAUUGCAACGAUUAACAAUUUUACGUACACCGAAGAGCUCGAACGUGACAUUGAAAUCGCCCUGCCCACAAAAACCCGACAGAACGGUACACUGUUCUUGCAUGUCAUUUUGGCUAGUGAUAACGGCCCAUUUGAAUGGAAGCAUUUGCAACGAGAUGGACCAACCGUCAUUCAGAGGGUUCUUUUGACAGAAUAUGCUGUACCGAAAGCGGCGACAUUUAAUUUACUCGGAGAAAGUGAGGCGGAACCGAAGACUCCGAAAAAGAAUGUGCUGCUGGAGAAGCCCGUGUCUCACUUUAAACCGAAAGUGUUCAUCAAUAUGCUUACCGAUGACAUAUCAAUGUCUCAAGCUGACAUUCCGCCGGAACUAGCUAGACUUAUAAGAAUAAACAAGCACUACGAGUUCCUGCCAAUUUUACAAAAUAAUUUCCUGAAAACCCGUAUGACGGACCUGUUUGAAAUUACACGGAACACGACAAAGGCCACGUUAACGUUCAACUACUCGCCGAUUAGUAUCGGUAAGUUGAGACUGUUGCUUCACGUCGAGCAUGCACUAAAGUCGUUGAAGCAAUUGGGAUUCUCGAAGAAGGAUGUGGACGAGGUGAAGGGAAUAUUUUCGGACACAAAUGUCUACUUACUGUGUGGAACGAUAUUCGUUGGAAGUGUUCAUAUUCUCUUCGAUUUUCUGUCCUUCAAAAAUGACGUCGCAUUCUGGAGACGUAAGAAAAGCUAUGCUGGAUUGUCGAUGCGAACCACACUGUGGCGAGGAUUCAGUCAAAUCAUCAUCUUCCUGUAUUUGAUCGAUGAAAACACAUCCAUGCUAGUACUAGUGCCAGCCGGCAUCGGUACGCUGAUUGAACUGUGGAAGUGCAAGAAAAUUCUAAAACUUGAGGUGACUCUGUCGGGCAUCCGUGUAAAGCCGAAUGUGGAGAACAAGAGCGUCCUGAAGGAAGAGAACCGAACGAAGGAAGUGGACAAAGAAGCCAUGAAAUAUUUAAGCUAUGUACUCUAUCCGCUGUGCAUCGGUGGUGCUGUUUAUUCGUUACUUUAUCAACCACAUAAGAGUUGGUACUCCUGGACGUUGAAUUCCCUCGUCAACGGUGUGUACGCCUUCGGUUUCCUAUUCAUGUUACCGCAGUUAUUCAUCAAUUACAAACUGAAAUCGGUCGCCGCAUUGCCAUGGCGUGCCUUCAUGUACAAAGCCUUCAAUACAUUCAUCGAUGACAUAUUCGCAUUUAUCAUAACCAUGCCGACAGCACAUAGGCUAGCGUGCUUCCGUGAUGACAUUGUCUUUGUAAUCUAUCUCUACCAACGAUGGUUAUAUCCAGUCGAUAAGAAUCGUCUGGACGAUGGUAACCAGGAAGAGCUGGAAGCAGUCGACAAGAAAACCAAAUAAAAUCGCGUGUGAAAGUUCUAUGAAAUUUUUGGUGCAAUGAAAAUCGUUCAAAUGUUGUAGUAAAGGGCUAUUAUGCGCGGGAAAGUCUUCAGAGAAUAAAGAAUUUUUUUGUUACAAUUUCCAGACACGUUACACCCAAUGCUACAAUUGGAGAACGAUGAUUAAACCUGCAUGAUAUUAAGCUAAGUUAAUUGAAUUACUUAAUUGAUGACGAAAUUGUGAAAUUUCCAUUGUUACAAUUAAAAACUUUGAUUUAAGUUUC